GGUGGCGGUGGGGCGGUUGUUGGAGAGAGAGAGAGAGAGAGAGAGAGAAGCGGGAAUGUCUGGUGGCUGAAGCAGGAAGGAAGAAUGAAAGGAAGGACGGAUGAAAGGAUGCUGAGGAGGUAUGUAAGGCUAUAUAAUGGAUGGCAACAGAAAGGAGAAUUCCUGCAGUAGGCCUGUUGGAUGGCUGAAUCAACCAGAUGAUGAUGGCGGCGUUUCCAAACCGUGGCUCUGGAAAAUCUCCAAUUGCUUUUCAACAGUUGAACAGAUAUUGCCGACUAGUGGCAAAACGAAAAAUUGCAUGGAGAGCAACAAAUCCAAGUUAGAGUUGAAGGAUUUUCCACCUCCCUCCCAUCAUGCUAUUUCUAAUUUAUUUGCAAGUGCUCCACCUUCUGACAUUCAGGCCUUUCAACAGCAGCAGUCAACUGGCACUAAAGUAAGCUGCUGUCCUCAUUGUGGCAAUGAGGCUUCUUGCUCCCUCCAAAUUCCCAAUGGUGAUGGUUGCAUUCAUUCUGUAAAAGCUGGAGCUUUAGAACACACAAAUGCUGGAACAGUCACACGUCAGGUAGGCUCAAGGCCUACUUUCCAUUCAUCAAAAUCUUGUAAGGUGGCUGUAACUAAUGACCGUUUAGCUGGACCCUGUAUAGAGAAUACUGUCUCUGGUUGUCAGCUUCAGCCACCUCUUUCCCAACAUCUGUCCUGUUGUGGAAAUCUCUUCAAACAGCUGCAGCCUUUCCACAGCAGUGUCCACAAGCAGCAUCAAACUCCUAUGCAACAGAGCUACAAUGCAUCCAGUUUUUUUUCCUGCAUGGAACUCACAGGUGGGGUUAGAGGGCACUUGGAAGAUCGUGUGAAUCAAGCUGAGCUACCUAAACGUGUUUGCACUAACUCUUUACAUUUUCACAUGGCACCUAUGUUUCUGAAGGGUUCACAUUACUGUGAUGAUUGUUUAAACAAGCCACCUAGACAUCCUGUUAUAGAUGUUACAAAGAUUUGGCCAAAUAUUGCUCCACCUGCACAGUCUGUUCCAGUACCCAUGUCUUUGUGCAAUGGUGUUCAAAUUGAAGGUCAAACUGCAGAGACACCAGUUUUAACAACAGGAAGCUUGGGCCUCCAGCCACAAAAGUAUGGAUCACCUGAUGUUGGUGUUGUAGGACAGCAGGAGAAUCUACCUCCUAUCGGAGUGUUUUGGGAUAUAGAAAAUUGCUCCGUCCCAACAGGACGAUCAGCCAUGACAAUAGUACAGCGAAUCCGUCAACAAUUUUUUCAAGGCCACAGAGAGGCAGAAUUCAUGUGUGUAUGUGAUAUUAGCAAAGAGAACAAGGAAGUCAUUCAGGAACUUAACAACUGCCAGGUGACAGUUGCACAUAUCAAUGCAACAGCAAAGAAUGCUGCAGAUGAUAAACUUAGACAGAGUUUGAGGCGAUUUGCUGACACUCACACAGCUCCAUCCACUGUUAUUUUGGUGUCCUCUGAUGUUAACUUUGCCUUAGAACUGAGUGACCUUCGACAUCGACAUGGUUUUCAGAUUAUUUUGGUGCAUAAGAACCAAGUUUCAGAUGCGCUUUUACAACAUGCACAUAAGCAUAUCAAAUUUGAGGAAUUUGUUUCUAACUUACCACCGAGAUUACCAGAAAAAAUGCCACAAUGCCAUACUCUUCUGUAUGCAUACAAUUUACCACUCAACAGAGACAGCAAGCAAGUAAGCAACCGACUGCGUCGUUUGUCUGAUAAUUGUGGUGGAAAAGUUUUAAGCAUUACUGGUAGCAGUGCAAUCCUUCGUUUUACAAGCCAGGAAAGUGCUGAGCGUGCACAGAAACGUAUGGAAAAUGAAGAUGUCUUUGGCAAUAAGAUCCUAGUAUCAUUUACACCAAAAAACAAAGAUCUUUGUGAGAGCAAAAAUAACUGCUUUGCAGUUGAAAAAGCAAAAUCCCCUAAAAAGGCUAGCAAGCUGACAAAACUCUCUCAGCGGAACAAAGGCCUUGAUGAGCAGUUACAGAAUGGUAAAAAUUCUACAGUAAAGAAUACACCCCAAGGAUCAGCAUUGAAAGACAGCAAUGUCAGAAGUUUACAGGAGCUCUGUGGUAUGGAAUCCAAAACAAAGCAAAGCGUACGUACCCAGAAGAUCAAAAAGCAAGGAACUGAAUCUCCACCAGUCAGCCACUGCACUUCCAUUUAUUCCCCACCCACCUCCAAAAAUAUAGGAAAUGGAGAUUCGUUCAGUGGAAACAUUAAGAGAGAAACUCCAACUUCCAGAAGUUCCCUGGAAUCUCCCAUAGAUAAAAUUGAGAAGAAAGUUGACUUCCACGUUAGUUCCCCUUCUGCUUUUUCUAAGCUGUCAGUUCCAAGACACAACACACCACCUAUUCCAGGCCAUGGUACCUGGUCCGCAAGGAGCCUAUCCCCAAGUCUUUCAAAUGGGUCCCCUUCUAUAAGUGCAAAUCAAACACAUUAUUCUGACUCUCAGACUGGCCCAUUUGCAAAUGGAGCAGACAUACAGGUCAGCAACUUGGAUUACAGGAUGUCCAGAAAGGAACUACAACAAACAUUGCAUGAGAUUUUCCUCAGGCAUGGCAAGGUAAAGAAUGUGGAACUAAGUCCUCAUACUGAUUAUCAACUGAAGGCAGUGGUUCAGAUGGGGAGCCUCCAGGAAGCUAUCUCGGCUAUCAAUAGUUUGCACAGAUACAAAAUAGGAAGCAAGCGAGUCCAAGUAUCGUUAGCCACCGGAAGUGCCAAUAAAUCUCUGGCUUUACUUGGCUCUGAAGCCAUGUCCAUUCUGCAGGAUUCCCCAGCAUGUUGCUUGCCACUGUUCAAAUUCACAGAACUUUAUGAGAAAAGAUUUGGACACAAACUGGUUGUGUCUGAUUUAUACAAAUUAACGGACACAGUGGCUAUUCGCGACCAAGUAAAUGGAAGAAUGGUUUGUCUCCUGCCCGGUAGUCAGGCUCGGCAGAGCCCAUUGGGUUCCGUAAUAUCAUAUGAUGGUUCAUCAUCCAAUUGCAGCCCAGUGAUAUUUGAAGAACUAGAAUACCAUGAACCAAUCUGCAGACAACACUGCUCCAAUAACAGCCAUAGUUGCAGUGAAGAUGGAUUUGACCCUGAUUCUUAUAAAAUACCAUUCAUAAUUUUGUCUCUAAAAACAUUUGCACCGCAGGUACAUAGCCUGUUACAUACCCAUGAGGGUACUGUGCCCCUCCUUAGCUUUCUGGACUGCUAUGCUGCAGAGUUUACUGUUCUGAGGACAGUGGAGGAAGGGGAGGGUGGUGUUCCUUUGGAGCACCUCAUUACCUGUGUCCCUGGUGUUAACAUUGUUACUACACAGGAUGGCAUUAAAGUUGUAAAAUGGGUGCAGAACAAGCCACCGCCUCCUAAUGCUGAUCCCUGGUUGCUACGCUGUAAGAGUCCAGUCGGAAAUCCUCAGCUUAUUCAGUUUAGUAGAGAAGUGAUCGAUCUCCUAAAGACCCAGGCUCACUGUUUAAUAUGUCAACAUAAAUUUAUACCAACCUACCAUCAUCAUUUUGGGAAGCAGUGCAGAGUUUCAGACUAUGGCUAUUCAAAACUAGUGGAGCUGCUGGAAGCAGUACCUCAUGUUUUGCAGAUCCUUGGCUUGGGCACUAAACGCCUACUUACCUUAACUCAUCGAGCACAAGUAAAGCGCUUUACCCAAGAUCUACUUAAACUUCUCAAAUCUCAAGCCAGUAAACAAGUUCUCAUAAGAGAAUUUGAACAAGCAUAUCAUUGGUGUUUUUCGAAAGACUGGAAUGUCACAGACUAUGGUGUGUGUGAAUUGGCUGAUCUUCUUUCAGAAAUGUCAGAUACUACAAUCUGCGUUUCACAACAAGAUGAUGAUACUGUGAUUUCUAUCCCAAAGCGAGAACGUACUCCAGAAGAAAUAGAGAGGACAAAGCAAUUUGCAAAAGAGGUCGUGGAUUUACUGCGGCAUCAAUCUCAUUGCCGUAUGCCCUUUAAUAAAUUUAUACCCGCAUACCAUCACCACUUUGGACGUCAGUGCAAGCUCACCUACUAUGGAUUUAACAAACUCAUGGAACUGUUUGAAGCUAUACCUGAUGUGCUGCAGGUUCUGGAGUGUGGAGAUGAGAAAAUCCUUGUUUUAACAGAAAACGAGCAAAUUAAAGCACUGACGGCCCAGCUUGUUAAAUUGCUCAGAUCACAAAAGGACAAUUGUAUGACACUUUCGGAUUUCCUUCUAGAGUAUAACAACACUUAUGGAUAUACUCUGCGCCUUCAAGAUUAUGAUGUCAGUACUGUUGCAGAGCUUAUGCAGAAACUCUGCCAUGUUGCAAAGAUUGCCAGCACACCAGCAGGUAAGCAGCUCCAGCUGAUAAACAGGAAGUCUCUCCGCACACUAACUGCUCAACUACUUGUGCUGUUGAUGUCUCUGGAUGAUGUCUCACUUCUCAAAGUCGACGAUCUCAAGAAACAUUUUGAUGCUUCAUAUGGAAAUCCUCUUGUCCCGUCUGAAUAUGGUUUCAUGUCUUUGACAGAAUUGUUGAAGAGUUUGCCUUACCUGGUUGAGGUAAUCACUGAUGACACAGGAGAAGAAUAUGUGAAACUUACCAAAGUGUACCAGUUUGCUAAGAAUGUGCGAGCCUUGCUACACACCUACCACUACCAGCAGAUUUUCCUCACUGAAUUUCCCUCCACCUACCACAAGUAUACAGGUGAAGUACUACAGCCUAAAGUAUAUGGGUAUGCAAGCAUAGAGGAUCUUCUUAUUGCUAUACCACAGGUUAUCUGGAUAAAAGGACAUGGACACAAAAGAAUAGUAGUUUUAAAAAAUGACAUGAAAGUUCGUAACAACUCCGCCUGUUGUUCUCCUGCUUGCAUGGUUGAAGAAUGUGAACAGACACCAGAAGAUCCUAAGCGACCAGUAACCUUGGCUGUAAAGAACUCAAAUGACACUGAGACAAAGGAGUUUGAAACUUCCAGCUCCUGUUCAAACCAGGCUGAACAAGAGCUUCUCUGCCUUAGUAACCAAUCUCCCGUUGACUUGCUGUGUGGACCCGUCCCGUCAUGUUUGCCAUCCCCUCAGCUCAGACCAGACCCGGUUAUUCUUGAAAAUGCUGAUCUUAUUCGGUUUGAGGAACAAUCACCUAAUGUUGCAGACAUGUUGAUCUUGAAAGAGGAGGAGAAAACUGUCCUUCCUACAGCAAUGACCGAAGAGGCUUUUACCAGUGGCAGCGUUUCUAACCAGAUUAAAGAAAAUAUUCCCACUGUAUGUCAACCUGAGGAUGUGCAUGAAACCAAGUCACUGCACGUGGAAGUGACUGACAGUCCUAUCAAGAAGCCCAGAAGUUUCUCAGCAAAAUGCAUGAUGUCUCAGAAUCUGGUAGUUGAGGGUUUUUUGAUCCAAUGCCCACAGACCAGCAGUAAGUCUUGUAUAAUCAAACUGUACACGUGUAGUUGAAAUGUUUUGAAUAUCACUUGAAUGGCUUGUAAUUAUAAUCCAACCUUUGGUUUUGUUCACCUCUCUGUAGAAAGAACAGAUUGCAUUCAAUGGUUGUGUUGUUUAUAAUGUCCUGUAGUUGAAGAGUAGAACUAAAGAACCUCCUAAUAAUGCAAAUUCUGUUGGAUGUGAUGGCUUCCCGUAAUGUUUAUGCCGAGUUUUUACUGCAAGUUGGUUUAAUCAGUUAUCUGUAAUCUUGUCUUCUUGAAUUAUAUCUAGGAAUUGAAUUCACCAUUGCCUUAGCAAUCUGCUACACUUAUGGUGUGUCUCCAGUCUAAUGUGAGUGGCACUAGUGCAGAAUUGGGAGUUCAUUGUGAAAUAUGCAUGUAUUGCAUAAAUCGCAGGUCAUAGGUCAGGUAAGGAAAACUGUUUAAAAGCUAUCAUUCCCACUUGACGGUUAAUGGAGCUGAAUUUCCCCUUGAAAGUGUGGAAAUGUCAAGGUUUUGUUGUCAAACCUUGUUUUUUUUUAAGCCAUGUUUCAUUGGGGAGCUGUGUAGAUAAACUAACAGUUGCAGAAGAUUGUUGUUUUAAUGUGAACUGCUUUUAUUCCAUUGUGUUUUGAGUGGUUACUAUUGGGAAGUUUUAAGUGUCAGAGUUGGUGACUGUAGUGCCAGAUGACCUUGGACAAGGUUAGAAGGAUUUAAUACUGUGUGGCAGUAGGCCCAUUAAGGGCCUUCUGGACAGAACCUGGCUUUUACAAUGGGUUGUAUUUGCCAGAACACACACUUUUAUAAUAACCUAUUUUUGAAAAAAAAAUUCUCCACUUGUGCCAGAGAUUGUUUGUUAGUAAAAUGUGUAAUUGCUGAAACUAUCUUUCUCUACAGACUUGCAUUUGUGACCAUGCAGGUUUAUAAUGUGCAUAAACAUUGAAAAUAUUACCUUCAGAAAUAUUAGAAAGUAGCAAAAGAAUAAAUUGAACAAUUCUAUGGAAAAAUCUGUUCCAAGUUAAAACUGGAACUCAAAUGUUGAAGACUUGAACGAGGUGUUUAGUACAUAUAGAAUUUUUUUUAAAAUCUUAUCAAAUGGUGGCAAUUUAGAUGCUAAAGAAGUUAAUGUGCAGUAACUAUUGCUAAACACCUUUUUGAUGUUCCAAGCAGGAACUAUUAAAGAGGAACAGAAAUAUUCUAAUUUAUUACAAGCCAUUCAAGUCUCGUAUAAUAGGUUUCUGGUUUUGUGAUGUCUAAAACCCACAGUAUGUUAGUACUUGUUCUGAAAUGGUGGCUUAUAUAUGCAGAUCUGCAUAAAUUUGUGUUGGUAAUUUCUAGGCUGGUUUGAGUAACAGACCUUGUACAACUGAUGUAAACUAGUAGAGAUGCAUUUAUUUGAGGGCUUUGAACAUUAUUAUGUUGACUAAAUAUUGGAUAUAUCUGAAAUAUGACAAGGGCUCCUGCUUUGUUUCCUCUCUGAAUUUUCAACAAAAAUAGAACAAGAAAAUGGCUUAUCAAUGCUGGCUGCCUCUGUUUGGGACCAAAUUUAUUUUGCCAUGAAUAAAAUUUUACAGCAAGCAUA